UCACACUCACAGAGAGGAGAGAGAAAGAGAUUCGCAUACCAAGAUGGAGACUGUAGAGAGAGGGGAGAGAUGCAUGGAUAUUAAUAUCGCAAAUAAAAAAUAAAAUAAAUUAUGAAUUUUUUUUUGUUUAAUUUUAAAUUUCUAUAAUUCAUGCCUUUCAUUGAAAGAGAGCGAAAUCUCAAAAACAAAGAAAAAAACAAAGGCAGUUUAGACAGAGAAAGCUUGAGAAGGAGGGAGAGAGAGAGAGUGCCGAGGGUUUUCAGUUCGGUAAUGGUGAUUUAGACCUGAAGGCGAAGAACCCUAAUUGGCGACGGGAGGACGGGUGAUUGGAGAAGGGGCUCAUUGGAAUUGAGGGUGAGUUUUUUCAUUGAUGCUCUUCGGCGGGGGAGCUGAUGGUUGGAAAUGGAUCGUGUUCGCGGAGGCUAGCACCGGCGGCGGUGGCGGUGGUGGUGGAGGGAGAAGCGGCUGGCACAUCGGCGGCAGCGUCGGUGGCGGAAGCGGCUUCUGGUCGUGGACUGCUUCCUCCAAUGUCGGCUUAGCCGUCGCCGUCACGGCCAUGGCCGGUAUCGCCUUGGCCGCCACAGUCGUCUACUCUCGUUGGGGCAGUCUUAAAUCACCUUGGUCCCGUAGGAGAAAAAAACAUGCCCUUCUACCCAAACAAUGGAAAAGUUUAUUUACACCAGAUGGGAAACUCACUGAUGGGGGUCUCAAGUUUUUAAAGAAAGUUCGCAGCGGAGGUGUUGAUCCAAGUAUUCGAGCUGAAGUGUGGCCGUUUCUUCUUGGAGUCUAUGAUGUGAACAGUUCCAAGGAAGAAAGAGACUCUGUCAAAAAACAGAAUAGAAAAGAAUAUGAAAACUUACGGAGACAGUGCUGGAGAAUUUUAACACAAAGUGAUAAGAGCUUGAAGUUGAAGGAAACUUCUGGUAACAGUAGCACUGAGGGCAGCGGGGAUUUUAGUCAAGUUUUAGAUUGUUUUGAUCAAGGGGAUGUUACAAGUGCCAGGAAAUCCAUUUCAACUGAGUGUGGAAACCAAUUACCCAAGGAUCCAGAUAACCCUAUAGGCAAUCAAGCUGUCCAGACUUCUGAAUCACUUGAAGCAGAUGGUGAGAAAAGUGGAGUAACCUGUGAAGAUCCCUAUGCUGCCGAUACGGAAUCAACUGAUUCUGAUUCCUCUGAAGAAUCUGAUAUCACUCGACCAUUACUAUCCACUGAUGUUACUGAAGAAAAUUAUGUUGAUGACAAGGCUAAGGAGAGCUCUUCUCCCUCCAAUAUAGAAAACAAGCCCAAAGUCCACUCAGCAGAAGAUUUUGCCACAUGGCAGAAGAUCAUCCGCCUUGAUGCUGUGCGCGCAAAUGAUGAAUGGAUUAUUUACUCACCAUCACAGGCUGAUGUGUCAGAGAUCAAGGCACAAAGACUAGCCGAAAGUGUCGGGUUAAAGGAUUAUGAUCACUUGGAGCCAUGCAGGAUUUUUCAUGCCUCUCGCCUGGUUGGAAUCCUGGAAGCCUAUGCUCUGUAUGAUCCUGAGAUUGGGUACUGCCAGGGGAUGAGUGAUCUACUCAGUCCUAUUAUCUCAGUGGUGGAAGAGGACCAUGAAGCCUUCUGGUGCUUUGUGGGUUUUAUGAAAAAGGCACGGCAUAAUUUUCGACUGGAUGAGGCAGGAAUCCGGAGGCAACUUGGCCUUGUCUCGAAGAUUAUAAAGUGCAAAGAUGUUCCUCUCUACAAACACCUGGAGAAGCUUCAAGCGGAGGAUUGCUUUUUUGUGUACAGAAUGGUGGUGGUUCUGUUCAGGAGAGAGUUGAGCUUUGAGGAUACGCUUUGCCUCUGGGAGGUAAUGUGGGCAGAUCAGGCAGCAGUCAGGGUGGGGAUCGCCAAGUCUGCUUGGGGAAGGAUUAGGCAAAGAGCCCCUCCUACCGAUGAUCUCUUGCUCUAUGCCAUAGCGGCCUGUGUGCUACAAAGAAGGAAGACUAUAAUAGAGAAGUACAGCAGCAUGGAAGAGAUCAUGAGGGAGUGCAAUAGCAUGGCGGGCCGUCUGGAUGUGUGGAAGCUUUUAGAUGAUGCCCAUGACUUGGUGGUGACUCUUCAUGACAAGGUUUAGAAACACCCAAUGGUAAUGCUGGGCAUUGGUCUUUUUCCUUCUCUUCUUUUGCUUUCUUGCCCGUCCCCCGAUUCUAUUCUUUUACGUUUCCUUAUUUUUGUUUCACCUGGCGAGGAUCCCUUUGAUAGCAAGGGAUGUUGAGGUGAGUUUCACACUUGCUUGAAACGAGCAUCUGAUGGGCAAUUUCUGGAUUUUAGUAAAUUAUGGAUUUAGUAUAUAAUGUAUUGCCCGCACUCUCUUGCUUUUCAGAGUGGCUGUGGCAGCAAUGCAGAUUUAGUAACUCAGAUCAACAACCUGACACUGAUUUAUGAAUGAACUUUCUCCCGUCUUUUGAGUAAA